AGUCCAACACACUGUAUGUUGUUUCUGCAGAUCCGGCUGCCGCCAGAAGUCAAUCGGAUCCUGUAUAUUAGGAACCUGCCCUAUAAAAUCACAGCGGAAGAAAUGUAUGAUAUUUUUGGGAAGUACGGGCCUAUUCGACAGAUCAGAGUUGGAAACACUCCUGAAACUAGAGGAACAGCCUACGUGGUCUAUGAAGACAUCUUUGAUGCCAAAAACGCCUGCGAUCACCUGUCGGGAUUCAACGUGUGCAACAGAUACCUUGUGGUUUUGUACUAUAAUGCAAACAGGGCAUUCCAGAAGAUGGACACAAAGAAGAAAGAGGAACAGCUUAAGCUUCUCAAGGAAAAAUACGGAAUUAAUACGGACCCGCCAAAAUAAACUGGGCUCUUUGGAAAACUGUUUUCAAGCCCUGCCGUUGGGCUCUUGAGCUAAACGUAGGAAUUCUCAGUGAAGUAUAACUUUUUAAUUUUUUAAAAUUUGAUAAGCUGUAACUUGAGUCUUUAGAUCUUCACAUUGGAAUUAAAUAAAUGUAAACCAUCGGAAGAUCUGCUUCAAGAUUAAA